GCUGAUUUUCUGGUUUCCCAAACAAAAGCCACCCACAUGCCCAUUUCUCAAACCCUCGUAAAUCUCACAAACUCCCCUCAAAUCUCAAACCCCAGUUGCAGAAAUCAUGGGUUUGGGCAACUGGUUGCGUUCGAUUUUCAUUCUCCACAUGUUUGUGGCGACACUCAGCUCCUCAAACCCGGAGAGGUUGGCACAAAUCUCGGCUGACUUCCUCGAUUAUGCAAGAGAACCUGAGAUUUCUGAAUGGAUGGUUGGCAUUAGGAGGAUAAUCCACGAGAACCCAGAACUUGGGUUCGAGGAAUUUGAGACCAGUAAACUUAUUAGAACUGAGCUUGAUAAGAUGGACAUUCCCUAUAGGUUCCCAGUUGCAGUCACCGGCGUUGUCGGCUUCAUCGGCACCGGCGAACCUCCUUUCGUUGCUAUCAGAGCAGACAUGGAUGCUCUGGCUAUGCAGGAGGGUGUAGAAUGGGAGCAUAAAAGUAAAAUUCCAGGAAAGAUGCAUGCUUGUGGGCACGAUGCCCAUGUUGCGAUGCUUCUUGGUGCUGCAAAGGUGCUUCAAAAGCAUCGCCACGAUUUGCAGGGAACAGUCGUUCUUGUUUUCCAACCGGCUGAGGAACGACACGGAGGGGCAAAGAAAAUGUUAGAAACUGGAAUAUUGGAGAACAUUGAUGCCAUCUUUGGGCUGCAUGUCUCACCUCGUGUACCUAUUGGUUCAGUGGCCUCCAGGUCUGGCCCCGUUUUAGCUGCCUGUGGUUUUUUUGAUGCUGUAAUUAGUGGAAAAGGGGGCCAUGCAGCCCUUCCCCAGCACUCCAUAGACCCAAUAUUGGCAGCUUCAAAUGUGAUAGUUAGUUUGCAGCAACUGGUUUCCCGUGAAGCUGAUCCCUUGGAUUCACAGGUUGUCACAGUUGCUAAAUUCAAAGGUGGCGGUGCAUUUAAUGUCAUUCCUGAUUCCGUUACAAUCGGAGGCACAUUCAGGGCAUUUUCAAAAGAAAGCUUUCUGCAACUCAAACAACGAAUUGAAGAGGUUAUCACAUUACAAUCUAGCGUACAGAGGUGCAAUGCAACAGUGCAUUUUAACGACCCUUUCUACCCGGUAACUGCAAAUAACAAAGAUUUGCACAAGCACUUCCAGAAUGUUGCAGGGGAUAUGCUUGGUACCCAGAAUAUCAAGGAAAUGCCACUGGUGAUGGGAGCUGAAGACUUCUCAUUUUUUGCAGAGGCCAUUCCAGGAUACUUCUACUACCUGGGGAUGAAAAACGAAACUAGGGGGCAGCUCGAACUGGGACAUUCACCCUACUAUACCGUCAAUGAAGAUGCACUUCCAUAUGGUGCAGCUCUACAUGCAUCAUUAGCCACAAGGUACCUCCUGGAAUAUCAACAACCGAUAACCACUUCACCAAAGGAAAGUUUGCAUGACGAGUUGUGAGGUGCUUAAAUUUUCUCAAUACCGGGUAAGGGCUUCAACUAAUAUAGAGCAUGGUUACAAUUUACAAACUAAAUGUGUAUUUGUUACCACUUACCAGAGACUGCUCUAAAGUUUCAUACUCUGUACAUAAGGAAGGAGGGUGUUGAAGGGUCACUCGAAUUAAUGUUUAUCUGCUUGGAAAGAAAAACUAUUUAAGGAAGAUAUGGUACAUUGGAAAUAUUGAUAUAUGAGUAAAAUGCAAUAAUUUAGCUCAAUAAA